CCCUCUAUAUUGGAUUUGCGCUCACUCCGCAAAAUGGCAGCCUACAUGCGAAGACAACUGUCUAAAGAAUCGGCACAAUUAAUUAGGCAAUUCCUUCACAAGAAUAAUGCUUCGUACAAGAAAAAACAAUUUGCGUGUUUCUCAAACCUUCAUGGAUCCAACGAAGGUGUUUCAGAUGUCUUCAAUACUGAUGAAGUCCAAGGUAUCUUGACCCGGAUCACUGGAAUGGAUCUACAGAGAGUCUUCCGCCACUCAAAACAGAAGCUAGAACCUCCAACCUACAGGCUCAUCAGUGACGAUAAGCUGAAACAGCUGGAGGAGGAGGCUAAGCAGGAAGCCAGGAAGCGCCUACAGAUGCCGCCGGUCUUAGAUGAGAGAGAAGAAAUCACUGACGUUCUCUCAGAGAAUCCUGAACUUGAAGGUCUUGACUCAUCCAAGUUUGUGUUCACAGAUAUCACGUAUGGAAUUAAAGACAGGGAACGGUUCAUUGUAGUGCGAGAGCCAAGUGGCACACUACGUAAAGCAACGUGGGAAGAACAUGAUAGAGUCACCCAGAUUUACUUGCCACGACCCUAUCGUAGGCUCAUUCCACCUCCAUUAUUUGAUGAUGAGAAUCUAUCGGCUGUCUUUAGUCAAGAUGGUCAUCUGGAUUUGUUAGAUGCAGCAUGUGUGCAGUUUGAACCAGACGCUGCUGAUUUCAUCCGGGUCCAUCAGCGAGUGUAUGAGGACAUAGAAUCCAAAGAGAAGUAUGAUAUUCUACGAUCAACAAGACAUUUUGGUGGUCUGGCCUUUUACCUGACGAGAACCCAGCGAAUCGAUGGCAUGCUGACCGACAUGAUCCAGAGAGACCUGAUUUCUGACAGUGUUGACUUGAUUCGACUGUAUCAUGUCCUUCAUCCUGAGUGCCAGUCAGCAGCUGAUGUACACACCAAGAAACUUGAAGGCGUGGAUGUCAUUAAGGUAUUCAUUGAGACUGAUGCCAAGCGUAAGGGCAGAUUGGAACUCGUACUACAGGUGUAUGAGAAUGAACGAGCCAAUCAGAAUGCAGCAACAGAUAACCAAGAAAUCAUUGAGUCACAAAGAUGAGGACCAAUGACCAUCUUUACAGGCAAAUCGUGGGGCACAUAUUUGUAUUUCCUUUUGAUCCACAGUUGAAUAAAAAAUUCCCCUUUGACAAAACAGUUUGUCCUGACAACAGAAUAAAUUUGCUCUGGGAAUUAGAAAAUCAGAAAUAUUUGGGAAUCUUGUUUGCAAAAUUUUCUGUUUCAGUUCUUUAUGUAUCAAAUUUCUUUUAAAAUAUUUAACGGGGUACUAUAACAUUAUAAACAUUUUGAUAUGUAACCUGAUUGAUCUUGAAUGUGUUCAGUUUCAUUAUUAAAAUGAUGUACUUCAUCAGGGGAUUUGAAUGCAAAUUACUUUAAAAUAUGUGUAUAAGAAUAAUAAUGAUAUUCUUUUGUUUGUAUCUAAAAUAGUAACAUUACAGUGCCCCUGUUCGUGAAAAAAUAUGGUUGAUUUAAAAACUUUUGGUGUCUAAGAGCUUCAAGCUCCUACACACCUCCCUGCCCCCCCCCCCCAAAAAAAACUACUUAUUUUGUUGUUUCCUAUUAAGAACAAUAAAAUUUUAUGAUAAUAUUCUGGCUGGACAUAAAAUGUGUACCUGUCAUUUGCUGUAACGCAGUACCUUUUUUAAAGUGUGUAAAUACAAUUUGCCAUAUUCAGUUUUUUUAAAGCAUUAAUUGAAACUUCCCGUUCUCUAGAAUUUCCAAGGGGUACCCCUUGCAAUCUAAAAAUCUGACUUCGGCUGAAACAAACUCCCCCAGGUCCAAAUUGCAUGUUUUAAUAACUAAAACUGUGUAUUUAAAGGCUAGAUUGUCACCCAAGAAAAAAUGAACUAUCUACCCCCUAACCAUCUAAAUAUUGAUAUUUACAUGGUUAGGGGUAGAUAAUCAAGUGAGUAUUCAAAGAUUUGGGCAAAUAUAAAGGAUUUAUAGGGGAAAAGUACCCCUAUUUCAUUCAAUUUUGUGGCGCCAUAUUUCUUUUCAAUGGCACAUCGCGCAAGGGAGCGUUUCUGAAUGUGUUUUAAGGGCCCUCAUCAGACUCUUUCUGGCACUUCUCAAGCAAUUUCAUUUUUGGGCCAAAAUUUAAAAAAAUUGCAAGGGGUUAGCCUUGUUUUUUUAUCAAAAUUUGGUCAAAAAUUUACUUUUCUGGAAACAACUCAGAAACCCUUUAGGAGGCAUAAUAAACAUAUUUUAAUACCCUUAAGUGAUAAUUUCAGAGAUUUUGGGCAAAUAUAAAGAAUUUAUGGGGGGAAAGUACCUUGUUUUCUUUUCAAUUUUAUCAUUUUGUGGGCGCCAUAUUUCUUUUGAAUGACACAUCUGGCAAGGGAACAUUUUGAAAUGUGUUUUAAGGGCCGUUGGGCAUCUUCCUGGCACUUUCCAAACAAUUUCAUUUUUUGGCCAAAAUUGAAAAAAAUUGCAAGGGGUAAGCCUUGUAUUGUUAUCAAAAUUUGGUCAAAAAUUUACUUUUCUCGAAAUAACUCCGAAACUCUUUAGGAGGCAUGAUAAACACAUUUUAAUACUCCUUAAGUGAUUAUUUCAGAGAUUUGGGCAAACAAAGAUUUUAUGAUUUUUUUUUUAAAUUAUAAACUGUCAAUUUGUGGACGCCAUAUGUCUUUUCAAUGGCACAUCUGGCAAGAAACCGUUUCGGAAUGAGUUCUUAAGGCCCUCAGGCAUCCUUCUAGCACUUUUGAGGCAAUUUCAUUUUUUUGCCAAAAUUGAAAAAAUUGUAAGGGGUUAGCCUUGUAUUUUUAUCAAAAUUUGGUCAAAAAUUGACUUUUCUGGAAACAACUCCGAAACUCUUUAGGAGGCAUGAUAAACAUAUUUUAAUAUUCCUUAAGUUAUAAUUUCAGAGAUUUGGCCAAAUAUAAAGGAUUUAUGGGGAAAAGUA